AUGACACUUCUUGAAUACGUGCAAGCUCUGUCUGAUAAUCCUUACUUUGGUGCUGGCUUUGGCUUGUUUGGCCUUGGAGCCGGAGCUGCCUUGUUGAGGAAAGGCGUUCAGUUUGGAGCUGUAUUAUUUAGACGACAUUAUAUGAUCACUCUGGAAGUGCCAUGCCGUGAUAAGAGUUAUCAGUGGCUUUUGCAAUGGAUCACACAUAAAGGCGCACGAAAGACACAGCAUCUCUCUGUGGAAACCAGCUUCGAACAGAGGGAGACUGGUCAUGUAAAAACCAAAUAUGACUUUAUUCCUAGCAUAGGAACUCACUUUUUCAGAUAUAAGGGCAACUGGAUAAAGGUAGAAAGAACUAGGGAGCAACAGACUUUAGACCUACAUAUGGGCGUACCAUGGGAAACUGUGCAGUUGACGGCGUUUGGCAAAGACAGAAGCAUAUACUUCAAUAUUCUCGAAGAAGCCAGACAAAUGGCUUUGAAGGAACACGAAGGAAAAACUAUAAUGUAUGUUGCCAUGGGGAGUGAAUGGCGGCAAUUUGGACACGCCAGAAAGAGGAGACCGCUGGAAUCGGUGGUCCUAGACACCGGUAUCUCCGAGAGAAUAUUAAAAGAUUGCCGAGAAUUCAUCAAUAAUCCGUCAUGGUAUAGCGAAAGAGGGAUACCAUAUCGCCGGGGCUACUUGUUACACGGACCUCCAGGAUGUGGCAAGUCGUCGUACAUUACUGCGUUGGCCGGGGAAUUGGAACGCGGUAUCUGUGUUUUAAAUUUAUCCGAAAGAGGUCUGACAGAUGACAGACUGAAUCACUUAUUAGCAGUAGCACCGCAGCAAACAAUCAUCCUGCUCGAGGAUAUCGACGCUGCUUUUACCAAUAGGGAAAAUUCUAAAGAAGUUAAGGCAGCAUACGAUGGUCUCAAUAGAGUAACGUUCAGUGGUUUAUUAAACUGUUUGGAUGGUGUGGCUUCUACAGAAGCUAGGAUAUUAUUUAUGACGACUAAUUAUUUGGAUAGAUUAGACCCUGCGCUCGUUAGACCGGGCAGAGUCGAUGUAAAAGAAUACAUCGGGUGGUGCAGUACAAGUCAAGUCGAGCAAAUGUUUUUAAGAUUUUAUAAAGAACCGGACAAAGAUUCUGGCGCACUUGCAAAGGAAUUUGCGAACAGUGUCAUGACCUUCAAGAAAAACGUUAGUCCGGCACAGAUUCAGGGAUACUUUAUGUUCCACAAAAGUAACCCCAACGCGGUCGUAAAUAACGUCUCACAAAUCUGGGAACUCACGUGAUAAAAUAUAAAAAUUGUAGUUGUAAUUCGAAGUAAAGCUACAUGUGAU